CUCACUCUCUAUCCAAAGAAUAAUUAAAAGAAAAAAAGAAAAGAAAAGGAAGACAAAUUCCGGAAAACCGACGCAGAAUCAUCGCCGCCAUCGUCUUUCUUUGCAAUCUCGCCGGAAUCAAUUCGAUUCGUAAUAACAUCCGUACAAUCUUCACCCUUUCCCCGGAAAAUUAAAUUGUUUUGAUCUCUUUCUUUCUGGAUUCUUUCGGUUUUAAUUUUAUUUGUUGAAAAGUUGGAAUCUUUGGUUUCGAUUGAGAUUAAAAUAUGGAUUCCGAUUCGUGGACUGAUCGUCUCGCAUCGGCUUCAAGGAGAUACCAGCUCGAUUUCUUGUCCCGAUCUGAUAAUUUCUUGGGGUUUGAGGAGGUAGAGGGAGAAGAUGAUUUCAGGGAGGAGUAUGCUUGCCCCUUCUGCUCUGACUACUUUGAUAUCGUGUCUCUCUGUUGCCACAUAGACGAAGAUCAUCCUAUGAACACAAUCAAUGGGGUAUGCCCUGUCUGUGCGGUGAAAGUGAGCUCUGAUAUGGUUGCUCAUAUAACCCUUCAACAUGCAAAUAUGUUCAAGGUGACCACUAGAAAAAGGAAAUCAAGAAGAGGCGGGGCUCAAUCCAUGCUAUCAAUCUUGAAGAGAGAGUUUCCUGAUGGAAACUUUCAGAGCUUGUUUGAAGGAACCUCCUCGCGUGUUGUGCCUCCUUCCUCUGCCACUAUAGCUGCUGACCCGUUGCUGUCUUCCUUCAUUACGCCCAUGGCUGAUGAACUUUUCAUUCCAGAGUCAAGUUCUGCCAAGAAGGCAUCGAUUCAUAGUUUGCCUGAACGGUAUUUGCUUCCUCAUCCUUGGAAUGAUUACAAACAGAGUCUUGAUAUUCUCACUGCAUAGCCCUCUCAUGAUUCUUUG